AGUUGCGUGUGUGUGUGUGUAGUCCAGUGCGAGUUCUUGCGGUCUAUCAGCUGGUUUAACCCAAGUGUUGUGAUUUUAGAGCCGUUGAAUCCAGGUCUUUGAUUCAUGACCGUCUUGUGAGGACGCAUUGUGUAUUCUCCUGGUCUCCUCAGGACAAGCGGACAGGAACUGGAUCUCUGGUUACAUGAAGCAUGGGCCAGUCUGGACACAUUAUGAUUAUCAGGAUAUGAUGUCACAUAGAGGAAGCUUCUAAAAUGUAUUGUCUGUUUGAAUAUGUGUGAGAGUUCAUUUAUAUCUGAAAUGUGAACCAAAAGACUAACAGUAGUGACAACAUGGAGUUUACGUUUUGUUGAAGUCCUUUGGACCCACCAGAGUGCAUGUGUGCUUUGGACUUAAGUUGCUUCGCAGGCUCAUUGUUUGUGUUUUUAGAGGGCCGAAGCCCUGAACUAUUGAGAUCCACGCUGGCGUGUACCUGCUGGCCCUUCUUCAGAAAAGAAUAUGACAGACAGUUAGCACCCACCAAAGCCAUGGCAGCGGCUUACCUGGACCCCAACCUGACCCAUGCCCUGAACCAGGGGGUCAAGCCUCGCUUCAGCGCAGGGAUGGAGCGGACGGCUGGGGCUCUGGAGCGCGUACUCAAAGUCUUCCACUACUUCGAGAGCAGUAGUGAACCCUGCACCUGGGCCAGCAACAUCCGACACGGGGACUCAACCGAUGUCAGGGGCAUUAUACAGAAGAUUGUGGACAUUCAUAAGGUGAGGUGUGUGUCCUGCUUUGGUCUGCGCCUGAGCCACCUGAGAACAGGUGAAAUUCAUUGGCUCCACCCCGACAUGGGCGUGUCUCACGUGAGGGAGAGGUACGAGCACUGCCAUCCCCAGGAUGACUGGAGGUGA